CUUUGGAAGCCACAAUUAAGCAGCACCGCUGGGAUAAAACGCUCGGGCUGCCAGCGGACUAGGGCAUUGCAUCGAGAGAUGGCCAGGCUGCGGACUUCGUUCCUCCUCCCUGGAGUCCUCGUUCUCCUGCUUUCCAGCCUCCCGGCUUCGUGGCAAGGAGGGGUUCCAGGUGCUGGAGCAGGAGUUCCAGGAGCAGGGUUCUACCCAGGAACAGCUGGCAUCGGAGGCCUAGGGGGACUUGGCGGCACAGGAGCUGGCAUUGGAGGUGGACUUGGAGGAACAGGUGGCCUAUAUCCAGGAGGGGUCUAUCCUGCUGGAUCUGCUGCUGCAGCCUAUAAAGCCGCCGCUAAAGCUGGACUAGGUUUACCUGGAGGUGGAGUAGGCGGACUACCUGGAGGUGGAGGAGGCGGUCUACUUGGAGGCGGCAUAGGUGGACUACCUGGAGGUGGAGUAGGCGGACUACCUGGAGGUGGCUUUGGUGGACUACCUGGAGGUGGAGUAGGCGGUCUACUUGGAGGCGGCAUAGGUGGACUACCUGGAGGUGGUGUGGGCGGAUUACCUGGUGCUGGUACUGGAGCCAAGCCUGGGAAAAUCCCUGGUGUUGGAAUUCCAGGAGUCUUCCCUGGAGGCGUACUUCCUGGCACAGGAAUCCGCUAUCCAGGUGUAGGAGUCUUGCCAGGAGUGCCAUCUGGAACAGGUGUCAAACAGAAAGCCCCAGGAGCUGGAGCAGGAGCCUUUGCUGGAAUCCCUGGACUUGGAGGAAUUGGAGGUGGACAACAACCAGGCCUACCUCUGGGUUAUCCCAUCAAGGCACCAAAACUCCCAGGUAGUUAUGGUAAGCCUUAUGGUGCUGGCAAGCUGACUUUCGGCGGGGCAGGUGGUGCAUAUGCUGGAGGACUUGGAGGAAAACCUGGCUAUCCAACGGGUACAGGUGUAGGAGCUCAGGCUGCUGCUGCUAAGGCAGCCGCAAAAUAUGGCGCUGGACUUUUGCCUGGAGCAGGCGCCAUCCCUGGAGCUGGGGCCCUUGGUGGAGGAGGGUUGUUGCCUGGCAUUGGUGGUGUUCAAGGACUAGGUGCCGGUGGACCAGCGGCAGCGGCAGCAGUAGCUGCCAAAGUAGCUGCCAAAGCAGCAGCUUAUGGUGGCAGAGUUGUCCCUGGAACUGGACUGGGUGGUGUCGGCGUUGGUCUUCCAGGAACCGGAGUUGGUGUUGGUGGACUUCCGGGAGUUGGUGGACUUCCGGGAGUUGGUGGACUUCCGGGAGUUGGUGGACUUCCGGGAGUUGGACUAGGCCCAGGAGGAGUUGGUGUGGGAGGAGUGAGUCCAGCAGUAGCAGCAGCUGCUGCCGCUAAAGCAGCAAAAUACGGGCGGGUUCCAGGUGGCGUUGGCCCUGGUGGCGUCAUCCCUGGUGGCGUUGGCCCUGGUGGCGUCAUCCCUGGUGGCGUUGGCCCUGGUGGCGUCAUCCCUGGUGGAGUUGGCCCUGGUGGCGUCAUCCCUGGUGGCGUUGGCCCUGGUGGCGUCAUCCCUGGUGUCGGUGGCAUCCCAGGUGGUGUUUUUCCUGGUGGUGUCGGCGUUGUCCCCGGUGGUGUCGGCGUUGUCCCAGGAGCCGGGACAGUAGGAGGAGCAGCGGCAGCGGCAGCGGCAGCUGCUAAGGCAGCAGCGAAAGCAGCAGCAUAUGGGACUGGAGUAGUACCUGGUGGAGUUAGGCCUGGCGGAGUUGUGCCUGGUGGACUUGUGCCUGGCGGAGUUGUGCCCGGUGGACUUGUGCCCGGAGGAGUUGUGCCCGGUGGACUUGUGCCCGGCGGAGUUGUGCCUGGUGGACUUGUGCCAGGUGGAGUUGUACCUGGUGGAGCGGGACUAGUUCCAGGAAGUUCUGCGGCCGCUCUAAAAGCAGCUGCCAAGGCAGCAAAAUAUGGAGCUGGUGGAGGAAGAGGACUUGUGCCUGGAGGAGGUGUUGGCGGCCUGGUUCCUGGCGCUGGUGGUGUUGGAGGACUGGUUCCUGGUGCCGGUGGUGUUGGUGGCCUGGUUCCUGGUGCUGGCGGUGUUGGAGGUCUGGUCCCUGGUGCUGGUGGUGUUGGUGGCUUGGUCCCUGGUGCUGGUGGUGGACUUGUGCCUGGCAUUGGAGGAAUCCCAGGAGCUGGAGUACCCGGUGCAGGUAUAGCAGCGAAAAUAGCUGCUAAAGCAGCCAAAUAUGGUCUCCGUCCCGGAGGUGGCGUCCUUCCUGGAGGUGGUGUUCUUCCUGGAGGUGGUGUUCUUCCUGGAGGUGGUGUUCUUCCUGGAGGUGGCGUCGUGCCUGGAGGUGGUGUUGUACCUGGAGGUGGCGUCGUACCUGGGGGCAGACUUCCUGGUGCAGGCAUUCCCCUAAUUGGAGGACAAGGAGGAGUCAAACCACCUAAAUACGGUGUCCCAGGUGCUGGAUUGGGUGGAACUGGCGUGGCAGGCGUUGGAGGAGGAUACGGAGUUCCUGGACUGGGAGGAGCCGGUUUCGGAGCUGGUGCCGGAGCUGGAGGUCUGAUUCCCGCAGCUGGCACUGGCUUUGGAUUAUCUCCUAUUUACCCAGGUGGAGGUGUACCUGGCUAUGGAGGUAAACCUCCCAAGCCCUAUGGAGUCCUGGGGGCACUUGGCUACAAAAGAGGAGUCGGCCGGAAGAGGAAGUAGCCCAGACCGACAGCCUACCAUUCACCUCAUGAACUUUGGUGCUACUGCCUGGUCUCGAAUGUACCCCCACCCCACCCCUGAGAAAAGCAGAGAUUCCACCACCGCCGCUGCCAACACAGCCCCAUGCCUUGCCA